AUGAUACGGCCUACGGGGAAAGGGAUUCCAAAAGAGAAGCAAAAAUCUGUAUUUGAAAACUAUGUUCAAGUCAAAGAGACAGCUCUUGGACAAGAAGGAACUGGUUUAGGACUAGUUCGUCUAAUGGGAGGAGAAAUAGGAAUUGUGGACAAGCAAGUUGGGGAAAGGGGAACUUGUUUCAGGUUCAACACCUUCUUCAGCACUUGCACUGAAAUAGGCAUGUCUGGAAAUGCAAGAGACGAUGACAUUGAAGUUCCUGGUGGUUCCACAUCAAGUGGCUCUUAUCAGUAUUCGGGGUCCAUUAAUAGAAGCCAUAGCCCCAAGGCAGAAGUAUCCCAAUUAGUAAUAUUUAUCCAGAGCAACGAAAGGGCCAAAAUUAUACAGAAAUUCAUGGUACGACAGGGGAUAAAAGUAUAUGCAGUCAAGCAACACGAACAACUUUCAGAUACUCUCAAGAGAAUCAAACAGAAACUGAACCUUUCACGCCAAAGCUCCUCAGUCAAAUCUGAAGUUAAUACAUCAAGGGCAUCUAGUACUCGAUCAAAGGAUGUGCCCCUUAGUUCACUAGAAGGGACAGAUAAUGUUCCAUCUCUUCAAAGACGGACUAGUGCUAGAAGUUUUUCGAGCUUGGUUUUGAUUGUGAUUGAUACAAGCGCUGGGCCAUUUCGUGAUAUCAGUAGGGCUGUGGCUGAAUUCAGAAGGGACCCAAGCAACAACUACUGUAGUAGGGUGGUUUGGUUAAAUAAACCGGGCACGAAUAGCAUAAAUUUUCAUGGCCUUGAUGAGGCUGCAGCCAAUAAGACUUACACUAGGCAAAUUGUUGGAAAAUCGUCCUCGGAAAAUACUCCUAGCCGGAAGGAUGAAAUAGAAGAACUUUCACCCGAGUUUGCAGAAAGAAGAGGAGAAAAUCUAUUUAAUCCCAAAAAUAUUGUGCCUGGACAAAUUCAUCAUGAAUCCCACACUUCAGGAACAGCUAAUACUAGCCAUAAUCAAGAUGAUGAUCCCAUCGGGCGCAAAAUAGCAACAUCUUCAGCUUCCCAGCUUGGUGCAUACACAUUUUCCUGUGUGAUGGGGAACAAGCUCUUGAAGCAGUUUACAGGGAUCUUUAGGAUCAAUACUUAA